AAUAAACAGCUUCCAUCACAAAAUAAAUUGAUAAAUACUAAAGAAACUGAUAAUAAUAUUUAUGGAGAAUUUAAUGAUGCAAGCAAAUGGAAAGAUGAUAAUGACAGCAAAUGGGAGGAUAAAAUUGAUUUUGAAAAAGAAAAGGACAUUCAAUUGAAACUUUUGAGGAAAGGAUUAG